GGGGUUCAUUUGAAAAAUUCACUCGACGGCCAUGGCUGCUCGUUCUGCGGUUGUGGCGGCUUCGACCUUGGUUCGCUCUUCUCUUCGUUCUCCGGCGCCCAGUUUGAUCGCCCGCCGUGGUCUUUCCGGCGGCGGAGAUCAUCAUGGGCCUCCGAAAAUUAACUUUUGGCAAGACCCGCUAAGCCCAUCAAAAUGGAAGGAAGAACAUUUUGUGCUUGUCAGUUUAAGUGGUUGGGGUUUGCUGAUCUAUGGAGGAUUUAAACUUUUUGGUGGGAAAAAGGAAACAAAAGAGGUAGUGGCAGAAGUCAAGCACUGACUUAUUUGGGCUGGAUAUGCUUUGUUUUUUAUUUUAAAAUCUUAAUGAUAAACCACUUUCUGGAAUGUGCAACCUCUUGAAAGGCUCUUUCUUCAUUUAAAUCUGUUAGCUUUUGAGCAGUCCAUGAUGGACUUGAUUUGGAACAACGGAUAAAAUUUGGUUUCUUGUAGUGCCAUUGAACACUUGAUGUGUACAAGCCGCUUUCUGUUCGUCAGUUUGCAUCUCUUAUCAAUAAAUUGUCAUGAAAACCUAUUGGUAUCAUUGCUUUAUCA